AUGGCUAUUAACGCCAUCAUGGAUGUGGUCUAUGUCCAUGAUGUGAGAGACCUGUCAAUUCCUCUCCCAGUCAUCAAGAAAAAGCUGCUGCAAGCCAGUUUAUUUCCGGGUUGCGAUGUAGGUUGUUAUUAUUGUGCAUCCCAACUCAAUGGUUGUGAGAAUCUGAAGAGAGGUAUUCAAGGCUGGAUAGAUUGUUGCACUAUCAUGUUUGAAAAGAUUCCUUCCAUAGAAAGUUUGUGCGAAGGUUUCUCCCGUGGUUUGAAGAUUGAAGACGUGUCAGUGAUUUCCAAGGCUCCUUUGAGAAUUCCUACCAAGGGUCCCAUCAAGAUUACUACUGAACCUCGUGUGGCCCCCCUAAUCAUCACUAAGCCUGGGCCGAUCCCAUAUUCCUCCGACAAGGCUGUUCCAUGGAAUUAUGGUGCUGAUGUCUAUAUUAAUGAUGUAAAACAGGAACCUUUAACCGAUAAGAUGGCUGAAAUCAUUAAUCCUGACGUCGGUAAUAUUGCAGGGAAUAGUAAAGUUACAAGAAGUGGAAGAAUUUUCUCCCCGGAAAUUUCUCCAAAUGUUGUAUGUCCACCUCCUGUUCCUGCUCCCAAUCCAGCUACUGAUGUCAGAGGCAAAGGGCCAAUGCUCGAACCUGUCCCUGUUGAAGUUACUACCGAAGACCCUUCCCAGAAAGAGAUGGAUGAGAUCCUGAAGAUUAUCCGUAAGAGUGACUAUGAUGUUAUUGAACGAUUGGGGCAUACUGCCUCUAAAAUUUCCAUGCUAUCACUAUUAACUUGUUCUGAGGCCCAUGCAAAGGCUUUGAUGAGGUUCCUAAAAGCUGCACAUGUACCACAAGAGAUUUCUGUCAACCAGUUCGAGAAUUGUAUUGCAAGCCUGACGACAGACAAUUAUCUUGGGUUUUUUGAUGCUGAGUUGAUUCCCGCUGGAAAGAAUCACAAUAAGGCCUUUCACAUCUCCAUUGAAUACAGGGGAACCACUAUGGCCCAUGUACUAGUUGAUAAUGGUUCAUCUCUGAACGUACUACCCAAGAUGGUGCUGGACAAACUCAACCCUGAAGGGAUCAUGUUGAAACCUAGCGACGUGAUAGUAAAAGCUUUUGAUGGCUCGAAGAGUAUGGUAUACGGAGAAGUGGAGCUUCCAAUCAGAGUAGGUUCCCAUACUUUUGACACUGUGUUCUAUGUGAUGGACAUCCAUCCUUCUUAUUCAUGUCUGCUUGGGCGCCCAUGGAUACAUGGGGCAAAUGCUACGACUUCAACCCUGCAUCAGAAGCUAAAAUACCCGGUGAAAGGAAAGAUUGUCACUGUGCACGGAGAGGAAGAAUAUGCGGUGAGUUACGUAAAUGAGUCCAGGUAUGUUGAGGUGGAUGGUGAAUUUAUUGAAACUCCUUGCCAAACAUUUGAAUUGAUCCCUCAGGCUGUCUCCGCUGCUAAACAUGUUCCCACUAUUCCCAAAGUCACCAGAAUUCCUCCAACAAUGGCUUCUCUGAAGGAUGCUAAGGUUGUGGUCGAAGAAGGUGGUUGCACUAUUUGGGGCCAACUUAUUGAUGUUCCUUACAAAUCGUACAAGCGUGGUUUAGGUUGUACUACCGGAAAUCAGAAGGAUAAUCAUCACACACAUUAUGGUGGUUUAAUGUCUCAUUUCACCAGCAAAGGGGUCAAUGCUAUAGAAGAAGGCGAGAGCAAUUGCAAUUUGGACAAGUGGAUCUUCCAUACUUCUGACAAAGGUCUGGACAACUGGAAGGCUGAAGACGUUGUCUCCAUCUCCUUUAGCCGAGAGUAA